AUGACAACAGCCUCUUCCUGCUGCGAGGGCGCUGCGCGAAACCAAACCGCCCCCCCCCCGCCCGAUCAAGUACCAGUUGCUUUGCCGGCGGGCCCACUUAGGUUAGGGGGGCAUUGUCCCUCAGUUCUUACCAACCUCCGGUGUGUAAUCGACAUGUUGCUAGCUUCAACUCGGUUGAAUAAGAAUCAUUGA